AUGAACGCUGAGAUUAAACACGAACUUCGCAAUUCUCCGAUUGCACAAUCCACCACGCUUGGUUGGAUUGUCUAUGGAGCUUUCACAGCUAAACACGCUUCCACGUCACACGCAGAAUUACAUGCGUCAUUAGACACAUCAUUACAAGACGCUAUCGCAAAGUUUUGGGAACAAGAAGAAGUUCCAUCAGGAAAUUCACCGCUCAACACCGCUGAAGAAGACGAAUGUGAAAUUCACUUUCGUCAAACGCAUUAUCGACAGCCUGAUGGACGCUACGUAGUGAGAUUACCGCUUAAAGCCCCCGAGAGUCAACUUGGCGACUUUAUCAACGCAGCCAUGGGGUCACUCCGCAGAUUAGUAACCCGCUUUUCGCGAGAAAAAGAAUAUUCUGACAUGUACCGUGCGUUCAUGGCAGAAUACAUACAACUAGGACACAUGGCACGAGUUCUAAUCAACGAAUUGCCCGCAAACGCUUACUUCUUGCCUCACCAUGGAAUAUUGAAGCUUGAUAGCACUACUACGAAGCUCCGCACAGUGUUCAACGGUUCUUCUGCAACAUCUAUAGGAAUUUCAUUGAACGACAUUCUACACGCAGGACCCAAAACGCAAAUUGACAUCUUCGACGUGAUGUUGAGAAUUCGCUGCAACAGGAUUCUAUUCGCUACUGACAUCACCAAGAUGUUAAGCCAGAUUGAGGUUGAUUCGCUUGAUUGGCCACUUCAGUUCAUUCUCUGGAUAGAUGAGAAUGACCUAGUAGACGCUUACUUUCUCCAGACAGUCAACUACGGGACCGCUAGUGCAACUUUUGACGCUGAACGUGUGCUCAUCAAACUAGUAAAGGAUGAGGGACACCGCUUCCCGCUAGCUGUUGCUCCAAUGUUGGAAACACGCUACGUAGACGACAUCUAUGCUGGAGCAGACAACAAAUAA